AUGCACAUACAAGGUAGUGAAAAGUCGAGGGCGUUGUUGCAAUGUCUCUCAACACAGAUCGCAGCCUCAGAUGAUGAUGAUCCCUGGUUAAAGACAAGACGUUGUAUGUGCUGCCAAAUUGCGACGGCAGAUGUAGCGAAGAAAGAAAACUUCUGGUUCGCAAAACUUAAUGUCUUGUUCGACAAUAAAAAUCGAUUCGGUAUCAAAAGUCCGAAACGUUGUUAA